UGCAUUUCGUAGGAUUGUAUUUGUGUAUUCGAAUAGGUUAAAAUUCGUUUCUUUAAACAUAUAAUAUCGUCUUGUGACACAGUCAGGUGAUAAUCAUAUAGCGAAGUGUGUGACACGCCGACAUUAAAUGAACACUAACCAUAUGAAUGCACAUUCGAUGACGUGGAAAGUCAUUCUUCUGACUGUGGUUCACUGUGUUAGCUGUAUGUGCCCUCCGCCUGCGUUGAACACGUCAUUCGCCACACAGACGUGCUCCAGUAAUCCUAGAUCGUACCAUUGUCUCUGGGACGGCCUAAAUGAUAAAUUUAUUGAAAUUUGUGUAUCUCCAGAGUAUUACACACCAGGAAGUUAUGUGGUUUUUCAAAAAGCUUUAAAUGCAAAACGAUGCCCAGCCGGCAGAUACCAGCCAUUUGCAUAUUGGACAAAUGCCGAAAACAGAUGCAUUUACCAAAACUCUAAAUGUACCGCGGAGGGUCAACUUUUUUUGAUUGGCAGUGGAACAACAACAUCAGAUAUAACUUGCAGGUGUGAUUACAGAAAGGGAUAUUCUUAUUUAAUACGUCCGGACGAUCCUUGUAAUUGCAAACCGAAUACAGAGGAUUGUUCAUGCUACCUUAAUUUCUGUAAUGAUGACAAGACUUUAUCACCAGACUAUAAUUGCGAAGUUAUCAAGUCCGACGUGAUAAGGCAAUAUCAAUGUCCACGACUAGUGAAAUCAAGUGAAGACGAUACUGAUCACAGGAAUCGCACGGACAUUGAACUAACUUCAAAUAGCUACAACAAUAACAUAAUCAGGCAACCUAUUGAUAGAUUUCUUGUAGGAAGAGUAUUAUUAGGGGCAAUCAUUGUUAUGAUUGCUACCUUUAGUGUAUGGUUUGGGGUUUUAGUGUUUGCACAUGAGGAGAAAUAUGAUCUGUCCAAACUUAUAGAUACAAGCACUGUACAAGGUGUAACGGACACAGAGGCUUUUAAAAAGGCAAAGACCGCAUUUGAAAAUAAUAAUAUUUUAAUUAUAAAAGGAGAACACGGUUCAGGCAAGACAUCUUUGGCCAUGCAAUUAUCAACAUUGUAUAGAACAAAUAACUACACUGUGCUAUUACUAGAUAACACCAACGUUCAUCUCCUUAACGCCAUAAAAGAUUCUUUUGUGAAAUAUGUUAUUGUUUUAGAAGAAUGGUUCGACGUCUGUGCAAGAAAAAACAAAUGGCCUCAAAGCAUUAUCAAUGCUUUAAAAAAUAUUCAAAUGGCAACCAAGUGUAAAGCGAUAGUCACUGUCAAUUCAGCUACUUAUAUAGAUUGUGAAAAAUUAAAGUCAUCUGGAAUUUGGACCGAAUUUAAUUUUGUAAACCUUGACCAAGACGAUUCUUUAAGUAUAGCAGACAGAGAAAAGAUUUUACUGUUUCACUUAGAUUUUCAUAAAAGGAAAAUAAAUGACAUAGAAAUCAAUAAAAUAAUCAAUGCACAAACAGCUGGUGCCUUUCCAAUUCAAUGUUCAGCCUUCUGUAGCACAAACAGCUAUUUUGAACUCGGUUCUAGAUUUUUCAGACUACCACAACGAGGUUUGCUUGACAAAAUCAGUGAACUUCGCACCAAAGGUUUAAAUAAUGUAACAGACAGAGUCAAAUAUUGUACUUUGGUAUAUAUCCUCAUAAACCCCGAUAAUGGAUUACAACUUAACGAUAUAAAUACGAAAAAAAUCAACGGAAUAUGCAGGUAUGUUUUUAAAAAGAAAUGCCUAGAGGAAUCGUCCAUAAAGAGCGCAUGCCAAAGAAUGCAUUUGGUUUAUUUACAAUGUAAUGAAAGUGGUGACUAUUUUCUUCGUCCUGUUGUCUAUCUGGCGGUCUUAUUGUCAUAUGCAUAUAUUGAUGUUGAAUGUUUAAAACUUGUCUUACAAAAUUGCGACUUGAACGCUCUUCUUGAUGUUUUAAGACCUCCAACACACGUGAAGCUUAAUGAGGAGGAAUCUGUUCUAAUUGUAGACAAGGACAAAUUGAGAGAAGGGUUUGAUAUUAUAGCCAAGCGUUUUGCAGAAGCUUGUUUGCACAGUGAGCAAACAUCUGAACUUAUAUGUGAAUAUAUUGAAGUUUAUAAAUUUUCAACUGUCUUGCAAAAAACGAUGACAUAUUUAGACAACCGUUUAAAAAAUUUGACGACAAAAAACCGAGUUAAACUAAUGAUUUUGGUGACAAAGCGAUUGACAUUGAACUGUUCAAGUCUUGACUUAAUUAGUUAUACUCCAACUGACUUUGCUUUGGCUUGGUCGAUUAUUGUGUUUCAAAGCUCAAACGUGCAGCUUCUUUCUGAAAUAGAUAAUCGUUUCUUGAAAAAGAGUUACAGUUCGUUAGAGGGAAUUUUAAAGACUGUUGUUGAUGAGCAUGGAAAUACUAUGUUACAUUACUGUAUUCUUUGGUGGUACAAUAAAAAAAAUCCAUUUAUAAUGCGAAUUUCGAAUGCGUUUCGUCAAUCACCUAAUAGCUGCUUCAGCUUAUCUGGUGAAACUAGUACUUUUAUUCGAAACAAGGAGGUAAAUAUGUCGGCAUUAGAUUUUGCUGCGUUCUUUGGCAAUUACGAAGCAGUUAAUGAUUUUGUUGUUUAUAUGGUUAAAUGGAAUAAAAUAGGAUCAAAAGACAUAAGCAGUUUAAUCGAGUAUGCUGAGAAUGGAAAAGAAAAUAAUAGUAUUCAAAACUAUAGCAGUUGUAAAUUUAUUAACAACGAUAUAUGUGGUCCAAUUGCAGUAAAUGAACUCUUUAGUUAUGAUAAAACCAUCGAAUAUUUGCAAUCAAUAGGAAAAGACAUCAAAUAAGAUAUAUAUUAAGCGGUUUUGUUGCAAAUUUAUUGCAAAAUUGGUUCUUGGACUUUUAUUCAUGUCUUCAUCAUUAAAUAGUCUAUGUCAUCAUGUAACUUAGAAUUAUUUUAAAUCAUUACAUUUUUAAUACGAGCAUCACUUCAGAGUAUUUUGUAAACGCAACGCACACACAUCUGCAGUACACAAUUAUGAGUCUUGAAUCUUCAAUGAGAGUUUUUAAAUGAUUUUAGAAUUUGAUUACAGUGUGUCAUGACUUGAACACAACUUCAUUUUAUUGCCAUAAAUUAUUUUUUUAUAUUGACAUAAACACACUUGGUUGUGAUCGUUGUCUCUGGGUUAUCUUUAUUUUUCCCAGUGUUUUGUGAAGGAAAACAAACUUUUUGCUCUGAAUUUGAUUACUGCCAAUAUUUUUCUAAAUUUGUUUUCUUUCGUUAUUUUUCGAUUGUUAAUUAAUUUGUGGGAACACCCUGUCUCUAAACCUUUGAGUUUUUUUGAAAUUCUGAUUGUGAUUGCUUUUUAUUAAUUGAUUUAUGAGAUUUGAACAUCUGUAAACUACUGUUGCGUUUUAUUUACACCCAUUAUUACCGACACCAUUUUUAGAAACAAAUAUCGUUUGUUAAUCACACAAAAAGCAAAUUGGCGUUUACAUUAUUUCUCAUAGGACUCGACAGUUACUACUAUUUUACCUGUAAAUUUAUUUUCAUGGAUAGCAGAAAACCUGUCAAAUAGCAGUAUACAAAACACAAAAGAAAAAAACUAUAGAAUGAGCAACACAAAUCACAGGCAAUACAAACCGAUAGUGUACUCUGGUGCUAUGGAACAGUAAGCAUAUUCUGCUUCAUUUGUGGCACCGUCGUGUUGCUGCUGCUGUACGAACCUUGUGAUAAAUCUAAUUCGGUAUGUAGCAUUCGAUUCGACGAAUGAAAUCAGAACUGUGAAAACAACAUCACCAAAAUAUCCUCAGUAAUAUUUCAAAUCAAUCAAGCUAAUAAAAAAAAUUUGUUUUUGUUUUAAUAAAGCCUGUCGGUAAUGCUACUGUAUUUGUAUUUUGUAGUCGAAAGAAGAAGUUUCAAAUACAUGGAAUAGUAUCGACACAUCUUAUGACCAUUAAAUAAACAGGAAUUAAACAUAAAGAACAUGGCCCGAAGUCGGGUAGAGGAAACUUGAAAAUUUUAGUUAAACAGUUAGAACCAUUAAAGAGUAGGGUACAUAUUUUGGACUGAAUAAAAAUUAAUGUAAAAAAAAUUGCAACGGCAAUCCAAGAAAAAGUAUUAAAGUCAAAUU